ACUUCCGGCUGUCGCGGCGCGUUGCUCACCGUUCCUGCACAAGAGUCUCCGAGCUGCUGCUUUUACAUAAAUAACCAUGUCUCUAGAGGUGGAAUCCGCAGACGUGGUCCGUCUGAUUAUGCAAUACUUGAAGGAGAACAAUCUCCACCGGACUCUGGCCACGCUGCAGGAGGAGACGACCGUUUCUCUGAACACGGUGGACAGUAUCGAGAGCUUUGUGGCCGACAUCAACAGCGGCCACUGGGACACCGUCCUGCAGGCCAUCCAGUCGCUGAAACUGCCCGAUAAGACCCUGAUAGACCUUUAUGAACAGGUCGUGUUGGAGCUGAUUGAGCUGAGAGAGUUGGGAGCAGCCCGUUCACUCCUCAGGCAGACGGAUCCCAUGAUUAUGCUGAAACAGACGCAGCCAGAGAGAUACAUCCACCUGGAGAACCUGCUGGCCCGCUCCUACUUCGACCCCAGAGAGGCGUACCCGGACGGCAGCAGUAAGGAGAAGCGUCGGGCCGCCAUCGCUCAGGCUCUGGCAGGAGAAGUCAGUGUGGUGCCGCCCUCUCGUCUCAUGGCCCUGCUGGGACAGGCUCUGAAGUGGCAGCAGCACCAGGGACUGCUUCCUCCUGGAAUGACCAUCGACUUGUUCAGAGGUAAAGCUGCUGUGAAGGACGUGGAGGACGAACGCUUCCCCACCCAGCUCACCAGACACAUCAAGUUUGGACAGAAAUCUCACGUGGAGUGUUCCCGGUUCUCGCCCGACGGCCAGUAUCUGGUCACGGGCUCGGUGGACGGCUUCAUCGAGGUGUGGAACUUCACCACCGGCAAAAUCAGAAAGGAUCUGAAGUAUCAGGCGCAGGAUAACUUCAUGAUGAUGGACGACGCCGUGUUGUGCAUGUGCUUCAGUCGGGACACGGAGAUGUUGGCCACCGGAGCCCAGGACGGGAAGAUCAAGGUGAUGUCCAACCCGUACCGCCGGCCGUGCCACAACAACGACUUCCUCAGAUACAACAACAUCAUCAACGGGGCCGACUGGCACAACGUUCCUGGAAGCAUGAAUGACUUCAGCUACCUGCACACCAACUGCUUUGAGGUGACGGUGGAAUUGUCCUGCGAUAAGUUUCCUCACGCCAGCGAGCUGCCGGGGGAGUGGGAGAACAACCGGGAGUCUCUGCUGGUUUACAUGGAGCAGGUUCAUCGUGGAAUCAAAGGUGUGAUCCGGGACAAAGACACGGGGGCUGGAAUAGCAGACGCCGUCGUCAAAGUGGAUCAUAUCGAUCACCACAUCAGAUCAGUGUCUGACGGGGAUUACUGGCGGCUGCUGAAUCCCGGUGAGUACCAGGUGACCGUCAGCGCUCAGGGCUACGUCCCCUCCACCCGCACCUGCCUGGUCCUGUACGACCUCUACCCCACCGUCGUCGACUUCCGGCUCACCAGGGUCCCCGAGCAGAGACUGAAGGACAAUCUGGCUAAAGGAGGGAAGUUUCCAGAGGAUCUGCAGCUCCGGCUACGCCGGCUACGCCUGCAGAAGCUCCGUGUGACCACCAGAGCCAUCAACCGGAGACGAGCGGCCGCCGCCGCCGCCAGGCGAGCUAAGAGGGUGAGAUGAUGAGGCUGCAGGACAAAGCAGGACUUGGUUCCUGCCACUCGGGGGUUUAACGGCUGUUCUGGUCUAAGGACUGAACAGGUGAGCCGUACAGGACUGUAGCAGAAAACUGUCUAUAGUUGGAACUGUCAGUCUGGAAAA